AUGCAUACCAUGAAAGGAAACAAACCUCCUACAAAACUUGUGUCUGAUAGCAUUUCAAUGGACUCGCUCUCUUUUAGCGGCCUUGUUUCUAUUCAAGACCAACAGAAAAACCUCCAUUCUCUUCCUACUAACCAGGCGAAACACUCCUUGGUAAGCAAACAUGAGCAAGAAUUCGAGUUUACUAACCCAAAAGUAAACUUGAAUUCACCUGUCAAUCCAAUCAAGAUCACACCUGCUGAUCAGCUUAUUUCCAAUGGUCAACUUCAACUUAAACCACAAGCAUUUGCAUUUGAAACAACUCAGACUUUGAUCGUAACUCCAACCAGUUCCUCGAGAUCAUUACUAGCAAAUCAUAUCAGUAGUGAAAUGGCGAGCGGAAAAACAGGCAGCGGUAUGAAAUAUCAUGAACUUGGCAAAGAAAGCAAACAUACAAACAAGCCAAACACUAUGAAGAGGACAGGGUUUUGCCAGAAAAUUAAGUCUUUUCUAUCACCAUGUCGAGAAUGCCGAACUGCUCAGCAAGGUGCUGUUAAAGCACACACUGUUCAAAGAGAAAAUUUGAAAAUAUACUGA